AGUCUACACUCUUUCUUUCUUAAGCUCUCAUCUCUCUCUCUCAAAUACACACUUAUAAACGCAACCAAACACACAUAGAGAUACACAGAUCUCUUUGAAAUUCAGCAGUGGUGUUUAAUUGCAUGGGAUGGAUCCUUCAAGUGGACAACACCAGGAAAUGCCUGCUCAUUCACUAGAAAACAUGUUGGCUUGCUCAAAAGCACAGCCAGAGAGGAAACCAAGGCCUCAGCCAGAGCAAGCUCUAAAAUGCCCAAGAUGUGACUCCACCAACACCAAGUUCUGUUACUACAACAACUACAGUCUUUCUCAGCCAAGGUACUUCUGCAAGUCAUGCAGGAGGUACUGGACAAAAGGAGGAACAUUGAGGAAUGUUCCAGUUGGUGGAGGGUGCAGGAAGAACAAGAGGUCAUCAUCUUCAUCAUCAAAGAGGACCCAAGAUCAACCACUCACACCCAACAACAACAACCCACUCACUAGCUUCCCACCCCUAACUUAUGACUCUACUAAUGAUCUCAGUCUUGCAUUUGCUAGGCUCCAAAAACAGUCAUGUGGGCAGUUGGGGUUUGAUGACCAUGAUCUUCCUAUUAUGGGAAAUGCUACCGGUUCCCAUUGUGAUAUCCUUGGAAAUCCUGGUCCUGGCUUUCUUGAUGCUCUUAGGACUGGCUUUCUAGAUAGUCAGAAUAACAAUUUUCACAACUUGUAUUACGGGGGAUAUGGUAAUGGGAACAUGGGAGGAGAGGUGGAUAAUGGUGGUGGCGUUGGGGUUAGUGGAGAAAUGGUGCAGAUGCCGUAUGAAGAUCAUCAAAUGAGUAAUGCAACAACAACAGCUGUGACAGUGACAACUAUGAAGCAAGAAUUGUGUAAUGGGAGAGAAAAUGAUAAUAGGGUCUUGUGGGGUUUCCCUUGGCAGACCAAUGGUGAUGCAAACAUGAGUGAGGUUGAUUCAGGAAGAGAAAGCUGGAAUGGACUUGCUCCAUCUUGGCAUGGGCUUCUUAAUAGCCCUCUAAUGUAGAUCAGGAAGUUCUUAAGUCUGAAAGAGACAAAGAAUGCAUAGAAUUUCCUUUCUUAUUAGACUCAGUUUUAGUUCUUUGGGUUUUGUUAAGAGAGAUUUGAUUCACCUGAAUCAUCUCUAAUUUUACUUGUUCUUUUUUUUUUUUUUUUAAGUUCUAAUUUUUUUGUUUCCUUUUAUUGGUUGAUAAACAAAUGAAAUUUCAGAUUUGUUUGCUAACCAACUCAGAAGGAUGUUGCCUAGGUUGAUAGUAGUUGAUAAAAUACUAUUUCAUUAUUGGAGGAAGGGGAGAGAGAGAGAGAAUGAGAGUGAUGUUUCAUUGUUUCUGCAGUCUGAACUCUGAACUCUCUGAAGUAUUAAAAGGUUCAUGUUGCAGGACUCCAGAUUUUUAAUGAGUGGUUUUUCCAA